GGUAGCCGGCAUGGGGCCGGGCGGCGCGUGCUGGCGGGGCGGCGGCGGCGUCUUGGGCGGUUUCAAACGGUGGCUGUCCUCGCAGGCCCUGGCUCCUCGUGUCUGUGUGGUGGGCAGCGGACCUGCAGGGUUUUACACGGCUCAGCACAUCCUCAAGCACCAUGACCUGGCACGAGUGGAUAUCUACGAGAAGCUGCCUGUUCCCUUUGGGCUCGUCCGUUUUGGUGUGGCACCAGAUCACCCUGAAGUAAAGAAUGUAAUCAACACGUUCACGCACACGGCGCGCUCGGACCGCUGUGCCUACUACGGGAACGUCACGGUGGGCAGGGAUGUCACAGUGGGAGAGCUGCAGCAGGCCUACCACGCUGUGGUGCUGAGUUACGGUGCUGAAGAUAACCGGGUCCUGGGGAUCCCAGGGGAGAAUCUCUCUGGGGUUUAUUCAGCCCGAGCAUUUGUGGGCUGGUACAACGGGCUGCCUGAGAACAGAGAUCUGAAGCCUGACCUGAACUGUGAGACAGCGCUGAUUCUGGGCCAUGGCAAUGUGGCACUGGAUGUUGCCCGGAUUCUCCUGUCCCCACUGGAUCUUCUCAGGAAGACUGACAUCACUGACAGCUCCUUGGCAGCUCUUGCCUGCAGCAAGGUGAAGCGUGUGUGGCUGGUUGGGAGGAGGGGACCUCUCCAAGUUGCUUUCACCAUCAAGGAGCUGCGGGAGAUGAUAAACUUGCCUGGUACCAGACCUGUCUUGGACCCUGCUGAUUUCACAGGCCUUGGAAAUGCUGUUAAAGAUGCCCCCAGGCCUAGGAGGCGGCUGACUGAGCUGAUGAUCAAAACAGCCUUGGAGAAGCCAGAGGAGAAGAUGCUGGUGGCACGCGUGGCGACAGCACAGGCAGCGCCUGCCCGGGAGUGGGGCUUGAGGUUCCAGCGCAGCCCCCGAGAGGUGCUGCCCACUGCUGACGGGACGCGAGCGAGGGGUGUCCGUGUGGCCCUGACCCGGCUGGAGGGCUCGGGUGACUCUGCCAAAGCCAUCCCCACUGGAGAGGUGGAGGAGCUUGAGUGCGGACUGGUCCUCAGCAGCAUUGGCUACCGGAGCCUGCCCCUGGAUCCGGCUGUACCCUUCGACCCUCAGCGCGGUGUUAUCCCCAACAGCUUGGGCAGAGUGGAGGGUGCUCCAGGUCUGUACUGCAGCGGGUGGGUGAAGAGAGGACCCACUGGCGUCAUUAUCACCACCAUGAAUGACAGCUUUGACACUGCCCAAUCUGUGCUAGAGGAUCUCCAGGCAGGCGUGCUGGACGUGUCUACCUCCAAAGAAGGCUCUGGGGCCGUGGGCAGCAUCCUACGCAGCCGAGGUGUCCGUCCCGUCUCCUUCUCGGACUGGGAGAAGAUAGAUGCUGCCGAAGUGGCAAGGGGAAAAGCUGCUGGCAAACCACGGGAGAAGAUAGUGGAUCCUGAGGAGAUGCUGCGGCUGAUCGGUCACUAAAGCAGCAGCGAUGGGAAAGCGGCGCUGAUCCAUCGAGUAGCCUCCUGGGGCAAUGCCAGCGAGUUACAGGCAGGGGCCAAGAGAGCAGGGCUGGCAUCUGGAACUGAUGGUCAGUCUAGGGAAGGUGUGUGACACUUGAGGCACUCUGGUAACAAGCUGCAAGGGACUCUGGAUUCCCAAAGUGAGUGUGUAGUAACAAAAACAAAAAACAAAACCACCCACGUCUGAGGCUGCUGGCUGGCCCCACAUCUCUGCAGCUGGCUCCUGGAGGCGAUUCUUGUUGUCAUUUGAGUCCUUUGUGCGUUAGCUUAUUAGCUGGAACAGGCGAAGGGAGAUUUGCUUGUCGCAGGAGUCUCGGUCAGAGAUGUUCCCCAUGGCAAGCAGCAUAGUGAAACUUCCCUGUGUCUUGCUGCCUCCCCUUUAAGCCUCAAGCCAAGUAACUUCCUUACCUUGUUGUUUCUGCCUGGGCUCUGAACAAAUGUAUGUGUGUUUUUCUUUUAAUAAUAACUGUUUUUAAAUAAACCCUUCCAGAAAAGCCAGACUGGACCUGCCA